AAACCACUUUCAUUGGCUAUAUGUUUCAUCAUGGUGGACAAUGAAGACACAUGUGCUAUUUCAGAGAUAAAAAGCAAGACCCAACAAUGUUUUGAGAGCCGAAAGCAUGCAAAUUGUCUUCUAGACAUCAUUGCACAUUCUGAGACUAACAAUAAAGCUGUUCUGUUAGCGUGUGUCCGAUCUUUCCACAAGCUAUUUACAAGGUAUUUGUCUUCUGGAGAAUUGUUCCUUGAUAUUCCAAGUAAUCUUAAAGAGACAGAUCUUACUAAAGAGGAAAAAUACAAAGGUUGGCUAAAAGAUCGAUAUAAAGAUGUUUGUAAUAGGCUUAUUCAACUGGUUCAUCAUGAAAAUUCAAAUAUCAGGGAGCUGUCCUUGUGCACUCUGAUGAAGUUUGUAUUGGAGGAAGGACAGUUUCCAGUCACCAAACAUUCACCAAGUAGAACUCAUUUUCCUCUAGCCCUGUUUAGAAGAGUUGUGCAUUCAUUGACAUCAGACACUGUUGAUGUUACCGUGUUGAUUAGUCGAUUCCAGGAGUACCUGGCAUAUGACGAUGUAAGGUAUCAUCUUAUGAGGAUUAUUCACAAACAAAUUGCAACCAAAGCCCAGGAUCAUUUGACUGAUGUCUGUCUUAAUAAUAUUGUUGCUGUGCUGGAACAGAUCAGCUUCACUGCUGAUGGCUGUGAGGAACUGAGCAAUUUUAUGACAAAGUACCCAGAAAGGGAAAAGCUAGAGAAAAUCAAGAGCUUAGAUGAACAGAGGAGGAUUUUUACAAAUUUGUGGAUUGAUUUCUUACAAUUAAAGCUUCCAAACUCUGUGUACAAGAAAGUAUUAAUUAUUCUACAUGAUAAAGUGAUGCCACAUCUUACAAAUCCCCUAUACCUAAGUGAUUUCCUAACAGCUUCCUAUGAUGUAGGGGGUGCUAUAAGCUUGUUAGCUUUGAAUAGCUUGUUUAUCUUAGUCCAUAAACACAAUUUAGAUUACCCAGAUUUCUAUCAGAAGUUAUAUGCUUUGUUUGAACCCGGUGUUCUUCAUGUGAAAUACAGAGCCCGAUUUUUCUAUCUUGCUGAUCUAUUUCUAUCAUCAACACACUUACCAGCUGCAAUGGUAGCUGCAUUUGCAAAGAGACUGGCCAGAAUCUCUUUGACAGCCCCAGCAAGUGCUCUGAUGGUCACCAUUCCAUUUAUUUAUAAUCUUAUCAGCAGACACCCUAACUGUAAAAUUCUCAUCCAUAGGGAAUCUCCCACUGAAUUACAGGAGGAUCCUUACUGCCAAGAAGAACCAGAUCCAGUCAAAAGCAAGGCCAUAGAAAGUUCAUUGUGGGAACUUAAGACACUGCAGAGCCAUUAUCACCCUGAUGUGGCUAAGAAGGCCCAGAGAAUGGACCAGCCCAUAACAAAGGAGGAAAUUCCAUUGGCAGACCUUCUGGAAACUUCGUACAAUGAUCUUUUUGUAAAAGAAACCAAGAAGAAAGUAAAGCAUGCUCCUAUGAACUUUAACCCUCCAGAGGGAAUUAUGGGACUAUCAAGUGACAAAUUGAAUCUGUGCUGGACAUUAGAAUGAAUUUUUUAAAUAAAUUGUUAUCGUUGA